GGAUUUGUGUGUUUUGAGACGCAGCCGUACCUCCCUCGCCUUGUCGAAGGACUCGGGAGAGAGCGGCUACUGCGCAGGCGCUGUCUGGUGGUCGGUUGGUCCUUUGGGUGGUUUAAGUGAAAGACCAAACCCACUGACGCUCGCGCUUAAAAGAAGUCGGAGCCGCGGUCCGGACUCUGCUCUUCCCACUCCUUCCCUUCUAAGUCGAGGUCGGGCGCGGGUCCGGGGUCAAGAAACGCCAACACUGGCAGCAUGAUUGGCAUCCAGCGGUGAGCUCCCCGCUCCGGAGAGGUUGUAAGCAGAGCCUGGAAUGUCAGUGGUGCAGUACAGGCGGUUCAUAAGUUUCAAAGACCCCUUUUGACCCUAACAGACUACAGGACAACGGCAGCCGAGUUUGACCGGCGACAUCAGCGUCCAGCAGUUCCCACUCGACACUAAACGUUGGGGAGGGUGGGUCAGCCUUCUGUUUUGUAGAUGACCUGACUCCGUCUAGGUGCUCCCUGGUUCUCACGCUCUGGAUUUUAACCCCCAGGGCUUCUGCAUACAAGCUUCCUUCGCUGCAGUUUCAGUUCCUAAUAAAAGCACGGUUCAUCAGCCACUCAUUAUCCAGAAAUGUUUGCCAAGUAUAUCCCCGUUGACACGCUGCUUUGCACCUGAAAAAAAAAAAAAAAAAAAGUCCCAGGAACAAAAAUCAAGAUUUGUCCCCCUUUAAGCAUCUAUCUGGACAGGACUCCAUUUUCCAGAAACUUGAAGCGGGAGAAGUAGUGGUCAUAAUUUAGCAAGACCGUUUGUUUGUUAAAGAUCGCCUAAGGUCGUGGUCUGAGAGCUAGGAGCUGAGCAGUAUAGCCGGAAAGCCAUGGAAGCAGCUGAGAAACAGGAAAUCAGUGUUGAAGAUGAAGCUGUAGAUAAAACCAUUUUCAGAGACUGCAACAAGAUUGCUUUCUACAGGCGUCAGAAACAGCAGCUCUCCAAGAAUACCACCUAUCAGGCAUUAUUGGAGUCAGUCACAACAGGCCAAGAAAGCACCAAGUUCCAAAUCAUCAACAAAGCAACUAAGAUUCCUCUCCUGGCUGAAAUUUAUGGUAUAGAAAGAAACAUUUUCAGACUUAAAAUCAAUGAAGAAGCUCCACUGAAACCAAGGUAUGAGGUUCCCGAUGUCAUUACCAGCAAGCUAGGUGCUGUAAGGCUGGUUUCAUGCUCAGGGGAUGCAGGCAGCCUGAUCCUGGCUAAUGGAAAAGGAGAUCUGAAGUGUCAUAUCACAGCAAACCCAUUCAAGAUAGACUUAGAAUUUAAGAAAGAGACUGUGCUCAGCAUAAAUUCCCUGGGUCAGUUAUACUUUGAACACCUACAGAUUCCCCAGAAGCAAAGAGCUACCAAAGGAAAUGAGGAGAGUACAGCAGCUGACACCUCUCAGGAAAAUCAAGAGGAUCUAGGCCUUUGGGAAGAGAAAUUUGGAAAAUUUGUGGAUGUCAAAGCUAAUGGCCCUUCCUCUGUUGGUUUGGAUUUCUCCCUGUAUGGAUUUGAACAUCUUUAUGGUAUCCCACAACAUGCAGAAUCACACCAACUUAAGAAUACUAGGGAUGGAGAUGCUUACCGCCUUUAUAACCUGGAUGUUUAUGGAUAUCAAAUACAUGAUAAAAUGGGCAUUUAUGGUUCAGUGCCUUAUCUCCUGGCCCACAAACAGGGCAGGACUAUAGGCAUUUUCUGGCUGAAUGCUUCAGAAACACUAGUGGAGAUCAACACAGAGCCAGCAGUAGAGUACACACUGACCCAGGUAGGCCCAGCUGCUGCUAAACAGAAAGUCGGAUGUCGAACUGAUGUGCGCUGGAUGUCAGAGAGUGGGAUCAUUGAUGUUUUUCUGCUGCUGGGACCUACACCUUCUGACAUCUUCAAGCAAUACUCUUACCUUACAGGCACACAAGCCAUGCCCCCUCUCUUCUCCUUGGGGUACCACCAGUGCCGCUGGAACUAUGAGGAUGAGCAGGAUGUGAAGGCAGUGGAUGCAGGGUUUGAUGAGCACGACAUUCCAUAUGAUGUCAUGUGGCUGGACAUAGAGCACACUGAGGGCAAGAAGUACUUCACCUGGGACAAAAAAAGAUUUGCAAACCCCAAAAGGAUGCAAGAGCUGCUCAGGAGCAAAAAACGAAAGCUUGUGGUUAUCAGUGACCCCCAUAUCAAGGUUGAUCCUGACUACUCAGUCUAUGCUAAAGCCAAGGAAGAAGGCUUCUUUGUGCGGACUCCACAAGGAGGUGACUUUGAAGGAGUGUGCUGGCCUGGUCUCUCUUCUUAUCUGGAUUUUACCAGUCCCAAGGUCAGAGAGUGGUAUUCAAGUCUUUUUGAUUUUCCUGUUUAUCAGGGAUCCACGGAUAUCCUUUUCGUAUGGAAUGACAUGAAUGAACCCUCAGUCUUUAGAGGGCCAGAGCUAACCAUGCAAAAGAAUGCCAUUCAUUAUGGCAACUGGGAACACAGGGAACUUCACAAUAUCUAUGGUUUCUAUCAGAUGGCUACUGCAGAAGGACUGAUAAAGCGAUCUCAAGGGAAGGAGAGACCCUUCGUUCUUUCACGUUCUUUCUUUGCUGGAUCACAAAAGUAUGGUGCGGUAUGGACAGGUGACAAUACAGCAGAAUGGAGCUACCUGAAAGUUUCCAUCCCAAUGCUGCUCACUCUGAGCAUUUCAGGGAUCUCUUUUUGUGGAGCUGAUGUAGGCGGCUUCAUUGGGAAUCCAGAGCCAGAACUGCUGGUGCGCUGGUACCAGGCUGGAGCUUACCAGCCCUUCUUCCGUGGCCACGCUACCAUGAACACUAAGCGGCGGGAACCCUGGCUCUUUGGGGAAGAACACACCAGGCUCAUCCGAGAAGCCAUCAAAGAGCGCUACACCCUCCUGCCCUAUCUAUAUUCUCUGUUCUACCAUGCGCACAUGUCUUCUGAACCUGUCAUGAGGCCUCUGUGGAUAGAGUUCCCUGAUGAAUUAGAGACUUUUGGUGUGGAAGAUGAAUAUAUGCUAGGAAGCGCUUUAUUGGUUCAUCCAGUCACAGAACUACAGGCUGCCAUGGUUGAUGUAUUUCUGCCAGGGCCAAAUGAGAUUUGGUAUGACUCUAAAACAUUUGCUCAUUGGAAAGGAGGAUGUACUGUGAAGAUCCCAGUAGCCUUGGAUACUAUACCAGUGUUUCAGCGAGGUGGAAGUGUGGUACCAAUAAAGACAACUGUGGGGAAAUCCACAGGCUGGAUGGCUGAUUCCCCGUAUGGACUCCACAUUGCUCUAAGCACUAAGGAUUCUGCUGUGGGAGAACUGUACCUCGAUGAUGGUCAUUCAUUCCAGUACCUCCACCAGAAGCAGUUCUUACACCGGAAGUUGUCAUUCUCUUCCAGUGUUUUGAUCAACAGGUGUGCUGAUGAGAGGGGCCAUUAUCCCAGCAAGUGUAAGGUAGAGCAGAUCUUGGUCUUAGGCCUCCAAAAGAAACCAUCUUCGGUGACUACCCACCCAUCUGAUGGUAAAGUUCAGCCUGCAGCUUUUACAUACUCUGCCAGAACGUCCACCCUGAGUCUGGAGAAGCUUUCUCUGAACAUUGGUGAUGACUGGGAGGUCCACAUCACAUGAUAAAGAAGUGCCCUGGUGAUGAGCACAGGAGCCGCCUGCACCUCUCCAUACUCCCCUUGGUCUUGGUGACAUUUGUGUUGCUGUCUCAUUUGCUUCCCUGGUAAAAAUAAUCUUCCAUUAAUCUCUAGUGCAUUAAUGACCAGUGGAUUUCAGCCAAGUGUGGACCACAGCUAUAAUCCCAGUACUCUGGAAACUGAGCAGAAGGAUUGUGAUUUCAAGACCAGCCUAUGCUGUAUGGCAAGACCCUGUAUCAAAAAAAUUUUUUAAA